AUGCGUGGUCUCGGGUACUAUUUUGGCUGCCGACCAGUGCUCACCAUCCUCUGCACAGUCGCCGUUCUAUGCCCCUUCUUUUCGUUCUUCCUCCUGAGACCCGUCCAAAUCGUGACGGACGUGAGGCGCGGGUUUGCGCAUCGAAAUGGACGGUCAACGGAUGAAUUCAAGGUGAGCGAAAUUUUGAUUUUGAAUAAAAAAACAGAUUUUUUUUACAAAAAUCAUGAAAUAAAAAAAAAAUUUUUUUAGUUCUUCAGGGUAUCUUGACAUUUUUUGGUCCGUUUUUUCAGAUUUUUGGCCGCGAUUUGGAUAGAAAUUUGCCAGGAAAUAUUAUACUUAUGCUUUUUUACUAUCAAUUUUCACAAAAUACCGAGAUUUUUAGCUCAAAUUUUUUAAAAAAUCUCGAGUCUUUGGCUUCGGACAUCAAAAAAAUAUGGGCUUUUAGAACAGAAUAGAGCAAUAUUUCCGCGAAAAAAUCAUUUUUCCCAGCAAAACCUCCAAAAAAUACGAGCCAAAAACCUUCUUUCUUUUUUUCUCCGACCAGCUCUCCUCAUUUUACGCGAUCUUUCCAUAUUAUGGAUCAGCCUGUCGGGAAAAUAAUGAGCACUCUGUCGCAUCGAAAAUCGCAUCGUCAAGGAGAAAAUGAAUUGUGUCGCGGCAAAAUCAAAUUUCUUUUCGCUUCAGCGACGCGAUUGGCGGAGCGACAGAGAACUCACUAUUUUCCCGACAGACUGAUAAAAGUCGUUGCAUAUCUCGAUUGCACUUGAACAUUAUGCUCAAAAAAUUUCAGGGAUUACUUUGUGGCCCAUUAGAGUUAUUUCGGCAAAAUUUGAAAAAAUUCGGAGAUGGUCUAUACCCUGGAAUUUUUUUUAAUUUUUUUCAAUUUUUUUGUUUUUGAAAACCUUAUAGCUUGCUGCUAUAUCCCACAUUAACGUUUUCAAAAAAAAAUUCCAGGCCUUUGGACACUUCUACAACGUCUCCAUGGAAGACAUGGAGCUGCUCAUUAUCUUGAUCGAAAGUAAAAACCGAGGAGAGAAAAAACUGGAGAUGUCCUCCGAACUUUUGGAAGAGGUCGUCCGACUGGACGCUGCUGUUCAAGCGACUAAUGUCACGGCCAGAAAUGGAACUCAUUUCUCGUUCAAAGACAUGUUCACGAAACGAGGGAGCAUCAACUUCCUUUUUGAUGCCUUCAAGGUGAGUGGAAAUUAAAAUUUGGGGUUUUGGGGCGAAAACUUUUGAGGCCGGAAAAAACAUUUAAUAAAUGAAUAUUUUAGGGGGUGCAGGGAAUUUUGGAAAAUUUUUUUUUUAUUUUUUGAAAUUAAAAUUUUUUUUUUCUUUUUUUUUUUGAUUUUUUUAAAACUUAAAAAUUUUGCUCAGAAGUUUCUAAAAUACCAGUUAUGUCGAGAUAAUCACUCCAGCGACUUUGCGAACCGGGUAGUAGGGCAUCUUGCAGCUUUUUUUCCACAUUUUUAGACUUUUUUGGGACUUGUUCGAUUUUUUUUAAAAACCGAAAAAAAAUCUUUUGAUAUAAGGAUGUUGAGAUUGCCGUUGAAAUAAUGACAGUGUUUCUACCAAAAAAAAUCAUUUUUUCCCCGCGAAAUCCGCAAAAAUACGGCCAAAACCAUUUUUUUCUCUGAUCAACCUUCCCUUUUGUACGUGCUCUCUCGAAAGAAAGUCGUCGAAUAUCUCGACUGCCUCUGCAAAUUGUGAGCUAAAAUUUUCAGGGGUUGAUUUUUGAGUCAUUCAAAUUAUAAUAGCAAAGUUUGAAAAAAAAUUGAAAAAUGAUUUUAAGAUAGUACCUUAGGGUCCACCGAAACUAUUAUUAUAUAAUUUUCAUAGAAAAAAAAUCAAAUUUUUUCAAAUUUUUCAGCUCGGAUACGAUGUCCAGAACCUCAAUUAUCAUCUGAACUUGACCAUGGACGACUCGAUUCGGCUGGAUUCUCCUUUCGCAAGGAUUUAUGAGCACGAAUUCCUGACAUUGCAGCACUUUUUCGGAGCUGAAACUUGGCCAAAAGACAAUGUUUCUGUAAGAAUUUUUAUAUGUAUAGCGGACGCAUACCUCGUAUUUUACCUUUUUCUACCAAAAGGUCUGCAUUUCGUUUGUAAUUUUGAGGAAUUUCAAAAGAUUUUUUUUGAAGUCAUCGGACCUCAUGGAUAAUAUAAUUUUUCUCGAAUUUUUUGAUUUUUUAAUUAAGAAGGUGAUAUUUAUGAGAACAUAAGAUCAUAAUCCGUAUAUUAAAUUACUUUAACUUGCUUUGGAACCCUAUGUUUGAACGAAAUUGCCCGUUUUUGUCAUCAAACUCUCAUGGAUAAUAUAAUUUUUUCCGAAACUUUAGAUUUUUUAGGCAGUAAAGGAAAACGAUUGCUUUUUCGUAUUUUAAAAUGCAUUUUAGAAAAUUUCAUCGCCUUUUUUGUCGAUUUCAGACAUCAAAAUGCCAUGGAUAAUAUAAUUUUUUCACAAAUUUUUUGAAAUUUUUGUAACAAGUUGGCAAAUUGCCCUACAGUCGUACUUUAAAAUUAAUUUUUGUGGACUUUAUCACAAUUUUUGCCGCUUUCAGACAUCAAAAUGUCAUGGAUAAUAUAAAUUUCGAAAAUUUUUUGACAAAUUUUGAUUAAAAAUAGUAAAAAUCAGCUACAGUUGUUGGUUAUUUGUAUUUUAAACUGCAUCUCAGUCAAUUUCAUCACACUUUUUUCGAUUUUUAGGCAUCAAAAUUUUAUGGAUAACAUAAAUUUUUUCCAAAUUUUUCAAAAUUUUGUUCUAAAACUGCAUUUUCUGUCGAAUUUCGCUACAAAAAUUAUUUAGAAUUACUCUAUUCGACCCUUUUCGUAUUUUACAACCAAAAUUUCCCUCUAUUUUUACUUGAAUUUAACUUUUAUCCCCACUUUUCAGCGAGUCAGCCAGAUAAAAUCAGUGCAAUCGAUUGGUCUCUGGUACAUGUUGCAAGCUCCGUUGUCCAACAGAGCUGGCCGUGAUGUCCUCCAUGACAUUGAGUUGUCGAUUUUUGAGAUGUCGCAGAAAAAUUUCUCAAAACUUUUCGACUUUUACAUGUACGCCGAUGAAGUGGCCAACCACGAAAUGAUGGUGGGAUCGCUGAAAACAACGAAUUUAUUGUCGGUUGGGGCUGUAAGUAGAUUUAUGCUGACAUUAUUUUAGCCAAAAAUAAUAAUAUUUAGGAUGAGUAAUUUUGGUAAUUUUAAUUUUUUUUUGUUUUGAAAAAGGUGUCUAGGGUUACAAUUUCCGUUUUAACCCUAAUGUGAUUUUUUUAAAUAUAUGAAUUGCCGCAUUGUGCAAAAAAGCGAAAUUUUUUUUGCACGGCGCGAAGUGACUUUUCUUUAUUUGGCCAGCACAAUAAAGACGUUUUCAGGAUUUGUUUUUGCACUAGGAAGAAAGAAAAAGCUUAUUUGCGAUGCACUGUGCGGAUUUUUAACAAACCUUCUUUAAAAGAUUUUUCACUUGUUGCACGGUGCCAAAUUUUUCAAUACUUUUUUAUUGCACGGUGCGAGGAGACUCGAACAAUAUUUCUUCUCACUGUACAAAACAAUUUUUUUGCGAUUUUUCGUGCACAGUGCUGAUUUUUUUAGUACUUUUUUGCACUGUGCAAAAAAAAAAGUUGAUAAAAAACCUUUAUCAACUUUUUUAGCUAACUUUUUUCAGACUUUUUUUCAAUUGCACAAUUAUUUUUUCUAUUUUUUUUUGCAGUGCGUUGAUCAAAAAUCAUGCACAGUGAAAAGCAAAAAACAAGAAUUUUUAUUUUUUUGCCCCUCUAAUAUUUCCAUUUCAGUUCCUAAUGGUCGUAUUCAUGCUGAUCUCCCUCCGAGACUUCCAUCUCAAAGACGCUCUAGUCCUGUUGACUGCAGCAAUCUCCACUCCAUUAUUGGCAACCUUGACGACUUUUUCGAUUAUUGGCUGGAGUGGAAUGCCCUUCAAUGGAGUCAUGAGCAUUGCUCCGUUCUUGAUCUUGGGUAUUGGAGUUGAUGAUGCGUUUUUGUUGUUGCAUUCGUGGAGGGAUGCGUUGAAACAUAUGGUAAGAGCUGAUCGUGAGAAUUUUUUCAAAUUUUAAAUUUUCAGGGUUCUAUUUACAUAUUUUACAAGCUAAGUACUCCAAGUGCGACGCUCAGAUUUUCUUUAAAUUUUGCACAGACGUCGGGUAUAUACUAGAUAUCAAUUCCUGAAAGUUUUAGAUCGCGCUUUGCGGGCGCCGCCGAGAUAUCGAACGAUUUUCGCCGCCGAGAGAGCACGCCAAACGUGGAGAGCGGGCAGAGAAAAGCGCUUUUUGGCCGUAACUUUGGCAGUUUUGUGCGGAAAAAUUUCAUUUUUUGUAGAAACAUUAUCCUUUACAGUAGAAGUAGGCAUGAAACUUUUCGUGCCGAAAUUCCGCAAAAAGUCCUAAAUUUUCGCCGACUUUCGAUCUAAAAAUCUCGGUUGUUUCUGCAAAACGUGACCUAGGAUUCUCGCAUAUACCUUAGAAAAAAUUGUUCUAAAUUUGUGCCAAGUUUCAUCGAAAUCUAAGCGUCGCACUUGGAGUACUUCCCCUGUUAACCGAAAAAAUCGAUUUUUUAAUGUUUUUGGAUGAAAAAUUGAAAAAUUUGCCUCUUUUUGGCUGUGAAAAAUAUACCAACGAGAAGUAAAUUUUUAUCAGCAAAAAUCUCAACUAUAGACAAAAAAAAGGCAUUUCUUUUAGUAGAUUUUUUCGGGUGCCUGACUGAAUAUGAAGGACUAAAUAUGAAGGACUGAAUAUGAAAAGGACUGAAUAUGAACUGACCGAAUAUGAACUGACUUAAUAUGAAAUUUGGCAAGUUUGGUCUAUUUGGGGGCUGUACUAAGCACCAAACCAACAUCAUUAGUGGCCAAAUUUUCUCCUCGUACUAAAUAGUACCAGGUAGUACUAUUUUGCACCAAGUGUUAAAAAUGUUUUUUUAAGCGGUACGAGGCACCAAAACAACACGAUUAACGUCUAAAGGUGUUAUAAGUCGAAAAAAUUUCAAAAAGAGUCCUUAAUCGGGACCUAGGUGGUAACAGUAACAGAAACCCGGUCUUCAUAUUCAGUCAGUUCAUAUUCGGUCCUUCAUAUUCAGUCAGCACCCCAGUUCAUAUUCAGUCCUUCACAUUCGGUCCUUCAUAUUCAGUCAGUUCAUAUUCAGUCUCCCUUCGGAUUUUUUUCACGCGUUAUGCACAAACUUAAGUUAGAAACACUUCUAUAAUAGUUGUGUUUUCGAUCUCCUCUGCACUACGGUAGAUUAUUAUCUCAUUUGCUCGCUGAGCCGCUAGGAAAAGAGAGAAACUUGUUUUUUUCGACACGAACCUAAUUCGCAUUUACCAUGAAUUUCAUAACUUAUGCUUUGAGCCCUACCGUAAUCUCACUCGGUUCCUGAGAGAUCUACCGUAAUUUCGCUUGGUGGUUUCUGAGAGAUCAAGCGGGCGAUCAGGCGUGCUUUUUUCGCUUCUUACGACAUCAAAAGGUCAAUGAGCUCAAAAUUUUGUUCAGAAAAAAUAAUUUUUUCUUGGAUUUUUUUUGCACAGUGCAACGAAAAAAGUUGCACUGUGCAAUAAAGAAUUGAAUAAGAUUGCACGGUGCGGAAAAUCAAACAACAUUUUUUUUUGCCAUUUGGUGAAAAAUUUCUGACAGUGACCAAUUUGCACAGUGCGUAAAAAUUUAAAAAAAAAUUUUUUUUUUGCACAGUGCAGAAAUUAAAAUUUUUUUUGCAUUUUGCACAGUGCAAUUAAAAAAAAUAAAUAAAAUUGCACGAUGUGGAAAUAAAAAAAAAGAAUUUUUUAACUUUGUUGGAAAAUUUCCGACAAUGAAGAAUCUGCACAGUGCGUGAAAUUUCAAAAAAUUGCACUGUGCAAAAAUUUAAAAAAAUUUUUUUUGUAUUUUGCACAGUGCAAUUAAGAAAGUGAACAAAAUUUCGCAGUGAAGAAAAUCGAAAAAAAAAUUGAGCCUUGGUAAAGGAAUCUCUGACAAUAAGGAAAUUGCACAGUGCAAAAAUUCAAAAAAAAAAUUUUGGAUUUUUUUUGCACAUUGCAAUAAAAAAAUUAAAACUGCACAGUGCAGAAAAUCAAACAAAAAAUUUCGCGCUUUGGUAAAAAAAAUCUCAGAAAAUGAGUAAUUUGCACAGUGCGUAAAAAUUUCAAAAAAAUUGCACGGUGCAAAAAUUCAAAAAUUUUUUGCACCGUGCGAAAAAUCUAAAAGUUCGCACUGUGCGGAAAAUCAAAAACAAAAAAAAAUUUGCGCUUUGGUAAAAAAAUCUCAAAAAAUGAGUAAUUUGCACAGUGCGUAAAAAAUUCAAAAAAUUGCACGGUGCAAAAAUUCAAAAAUUUUUUGCACCGUGCGAAAAAUCUAAAAGUUCGCACUGUGCGGAAAAUCAAAAACAAAAAAAAAAUUUGCGCUUUGGUAAAAAAAUCUCAAAAAAUGAGUAAUUUGCACAGUGCGUAAAAAAUUAAAAAAAUUGCACGGUGCAAAAAUUCAAAAAAUUUUUUGCACCGUGCAAAAAAUCCAAAAAUUCGCACUGUGCGGAAAAUCAAAAACAAAAAAAAAAUUUGCGCUUUGGUAAAAAAAUCUCAAAAAAUGAGUAAUUUGCACAGUGCGUAAAAAAUUAAAAAAAUUGCACGGUGCAAAAAUUCAAAAAAUUUUUUGCACCGUGCAAAAAAUCCAAAAAUUCGCACUGUGCGGAAAAUCAAAAAAAUGCAAAAAAAAAGAAGGAAAAAGUUCCUUAUUUUGGCCACAACAAAGGUACUCCGCGAACUGCGCCCAAGCUUGGGCACUAAAGUUAGGAAAAAAACGCUUCGACCUAGCUGGCGCUGAAUUACUAUAAUAGCUCUAUAGUUUUAAGGGUACCUACGAAGGCUGUGACGACUCAUUUAGUUCCAUACGGAGGCAAUAGGUUUAGUUCCGGACAUGUUUCAUCGUAUAAAGUGUAAAAUCACAGGCUGCAGCCGUUUUUGAAGGGUAAGAUGGUACGUAAAAAAGAAGGCACUUCACUAACUAAAUCCACUGUCCGGGCAUUGACAACGAUUAAUUGAGCGUGCACGCUAAAUUUGGGCUAAUUCCGACCAGUUUCCGCAAAGUUAUAAGUUGUGGCCAAAAUAAGGAACUUUAACCAAAAAGAAAUUCCACCCAUCCCAAAAACCCAAAUAAAAUUGAAAUUUCAGAAGAAUGCGACUCCCGCCGAGCGUCUCGAGCGAGUUGUUACGGACGUCGGACCUUCAAUCUUGAUCACUUCCGUCACGAACACGCUCGCUUUCAGCGUGGGGAUUCUGUCGCCCGCCUACACGAUGAUGUCGUUCUGUCUGUGUACGACGAUUGCCGUGGCUUUGGAUCUGAUUUUGGAGUUCACAAUCUUUGCACCAACCCUGGUUUUGAUUUGCCCAAUCCCCAGGGAAAAGGUCGAGGAGCCGUUGGAGAAACUCUGGUGGUUCAAAUACGCGCAGUUUUUGGUCUCGAAAGUUGGUCGAGGAUUGUUCACUGUGAUCCUGGUGUGCCUGUCGAUUUGGGCGUAUUUCGGAAUCGCCAAUAUGAACCCGAAUUUUGAGCCGGAAAAGACUUUCCCCUUCGACUCGCACCUUCAGGAGUCUUUGAGGCCGAUUAAGACGUUGUAUAAAGAGGUAAGUGGAGUAAAUCGUAUACGCAGACAUAGAUUGAGCCUCAGGCUGUAUGACUAAUUCAGAAAAAGGAAAAAUUUUCCUUGCCGCACCGUGCAAACGACAAUUUUUUCGACUGCACUGUGCAGAUUGGAAAACUUUGCACUGUGCAGAGGAAAAUCAGGCAAUUUUGGAUUUUCAUGAAAUUUUAGAGCUGUUAUACGCGGAUCACCGUAUUUUACCAAUUUAUGAAAAAAAAAAUGUUGCACAGUGCGGGAAAAUCAACAUUGAAUUGAUUGCACUGUGCGGACUUGCAAUUUUUUUGGCUUGCUAUUGAACAGUGAAAUUUGGGAUUUUUGGAAACUAAAAAGUUCAUGGACCGUAUUUUACCGUUUUCACAAAAAAAAAAUAUUUUUGCACAGUGUAAAGAAAAUAAUCUUAAAAGUUUAAUUGGCCGUUGGUAAUAGCGUAUCUUGAAAGUUACAAGAAAAAUCUUUUCCACAGUAAAAAAUAUCGAUCUCAAAUGUAAACAUCCCCGUGGUAAACGUAUUUUACAAUUUUCAAAAAAAUUACAAGCUUAGAAUAUAAAACAAUUUCUUCUAUUCACUCUGUAGUGGGCAAAAUUUAUCCAGCAUGGGAUUUUACUUGACCUCGCAGGCCGGUCUAAAUUUUGAUGUUGGUAAAAUACGGCGAAGUGAACAAACCAGCAGGAAAUUUCAUUAUCCGAAGACUUCUCUGCUGCACUGUGCAAAAUCGAUUUUUCAAAUUUUUGCACAGUGCAAGGCAAAAUUUUUUUUCAAUUUUAUUUUGUUUUACAACUUGUAAGAGAAAUUUUUUACAGUGCAAGAAAAUCGAUAUCAAAUGUAUUCAUAGCCUUAUUCAACGUAUUUUACAACUUUCAAAAAAAUUAAAUAUGCAUAAUUGAUUUUUCCCUUUUUGCACAGUGCAAAGUCAAUUUUUUCAUUUAAGUCUACAACUUGAGAUUUUUUCGAUUUUGAAUGCUCAUAGCAAAUUUCGGCGUAUUUUACAACUUUCGAAAAAAUUAUAAGCACGCACAGGAUAGAAAAAAAUUCGAUUUUUUGCACAGUGCAUUGGAAAAACAUUUUCAAAAACAUGGCUUUACCUGACCUCAUAUCCUUGUCUCAAUUUUGAUAUAGGUAAAAUACGUAACGUAAUGGUAAUCCUUUAUAUAGAUUUAAUCCACCGAAGACUUCUCUGCACUGUGCAAGUUGUUAGAGAUUUUUUUCCAAAGUGCAGGAAAAUCGAUUUUGAAUGUUUAUAUAGCUACGUUCAACGUAUUUUACAUCUUUCGAAAAAAUAAUAUAAUACAUGUUUACAGUUUGCAAAAAAAAUUUUUUUGCAUUGUGCUAAGGGCAGAAUUUGUCAAAAAAUAGUUUUAACUGACCUCACAUCCUUCUCUCCAUUUUGAUAUUGGUAAAAUACGAGGUGGUGAUCUUUUAUAAAAAUUAUCAUCCGAAGACUUCUCCGCACUGUGCGAAAUAAAUUUUUUUUUUCAUUUUUCAAGUUGAAAAAAAAAUAUUUUCUACAGUGCAAAAAAGUGGAUUUUGAGUGUUUGUAUAAGUAAAUUAAACGUAUUUUACAACUUUCGAAAAAAUUAUUACAUAUUUACAAUAUGUAAAAAAAAAUUUUUUUUCUGCACUGUGCUAUGGACAAAAUUUGUCAAAAAUCGGAUUUUAUUAAUACUUGUCGUCUCAGGCUCGUCGAAAUUUCGAUAUUGGUAAAAUACGAUAUGGUAUUCUUUCACUUAACAAGGAAAGUACUUUUAUGGGGGCUCCUACUUUUUGACGGGACAUAUCUCAAAAAAUCAGAAAAAUGUGCUGAUCAAGAAUAUAUAAAUCCUAGCUGCCCAUUUUAGGUUUUUAGGGGUGAAACCUCAGUCGGAAGUUGACUUAAAGUCCUAUAUGAACCCCUUUUCGCUUAAUUUUUCACAGGUUUACAAUUUUUAUUUUGGCUUAAAAUGUUGUUUAUUGAGUUUCUAAGACGUAAUAAAUCAGUAUUGGCACAAAAAUUCAUUUUUCCGACCUUCAACUUCAAAAAGAGUUGAUUCGGCCCAAAAGGGAAAUCGAACCCGUGCGGCGUCCUCCCUCUUGAUUCCCAGACUACGGCACUAACCACUCGGCCACACCGCUCUCCACCGAAGGAAGAGACCGACUGCGCUUUUCAUCGUUUCGAAUGCCCGCGCCUUUUGUAGGGAAAUUAAGCCAGUUUUUGGGCAUUUUCACCCCUAAAAACCUAAAAUGGGCAGCUAAGAUUUAUAUAUCAUUGAUCAGCACAUUUUUUGAGGAAUGUCCCGUCAAAAAGUAGGAGCCCCCAUAAAAGUACUUUCCUUGUAAAUUUCAUGAUUUUUUGUACAGUGAAAACAAAAAUUUUUUUCAUUUUUUUCGAAUUUUCCCUAAUGAUCUCCCUUUCCAGUACGGUCCAAUGUCGAUAAUCAUCAACCGCGCUCCGGACAUUCGCAACGAAACCGACUUGGGGGAAUUCUUCGAGAUGGUGGAGACCAUCGAAGCUCUGAAUGAGACCUACCCCAGCAACUACACGCAGCUCUGGCUCCGUCAGUACAUGAAAUACCACAAAGCCAAGCUGCCGAACGACACGCUGACCUAUCAGCUGGUCCCGCAGUUCUUGAAAGAGCGGUUAAUGGAAGAUAAAAACAUUGUUUUGUAUCAUAAAGACAAAGAUGGCACGGUGCGUGUGGAUAGCUUCGUAUUUUUGAUCAUAUGUCAUGGAGAGAGGAAUUGGCACACUAGAGCGUUCUUUGUCGAUGAAAUGAGAAGUUUGAUCGACUCGUAUCCGCAGUUCCAGGCGUCGGUCUUUGAUUAUGAUGCAACGAUUUUUGACUUGAUCAUAACGGCUAAAGUAAGUAAAAAAUUUUGAAAAAUGUACCGUAUAGGUAUGAAAAAAUGCCGAAAAAAAUAUUUAGAAAAUUUCACUGAUUUUUUUUGAGAAUUUAUUGUAAAUUUUUUGAUUUUUUUCGAAUUUUUUCAAUUUUUUUUAUUUUUUGAUUUUUUGAUGAAACUUGGCAAAAAUUAAUAUCGCAGUUUUGUAAGGUAUAUCCGAAAUUUUUAGCCUACAAUUUGCAAAAAUAAUCGAGAUUUUUGAAUCGGAAUUUUAAAAAUUUCGAAAAUUUUUUUUUUCAAUUUUUGAAUCAAAAAAUUUAGUAUCUCUUUCUAAUAUAUUCUACAGUAUUUUCCCACAAAAUCAGUUUUUUCGCUCAAAAAUUGUGAAAGAUAUAGCCAAAAAAUAGCAAAAAUUUAUCGCACAGUGCAGUAAUUUUUUUCCAAAUUUAUGCACUGUGCAAAAUUAAAAAAUAUUUUUUUUCAGCCCGAAAUGAUAAAAGCCGUCUUGGUGACGUUGGUUUGUAUGGUUGUGGUGUGUUUCGUCAUCAUUCCAUCGCUGAAACACACGGGAAUUGCCACUUUAUCGGUGCUUUCCAUUUCUUAUUGUAAGUUUUUGGGGAAUUUUGGGGGAAAUGAGGAAAAUGGAAGAUAAAAAAGUUUGCUUGGAGUGUAAAAUACGUUGGUAAUAGUGAAGGAAAGAUAUUUUUUUAAAUUUCAAUUUUUUUUUUUUUUUUUUUUUUUUUUUUUGAGAAAAUGGUAUUUUUUUACUUUUUAAAAUACGGUGGUACGGAUUUUCCUUGUGAAAAAGUACUAUUUUUUAGACAAAAAUUAAAAAAAUUGUAUUUUUUCACUUGAAAAGUCACAAAAAAUCUCAAUUCUUCACAUCCUUUUGACCUCCAAAAUUCCCUUAUUUUUUUCUGAAAUUCAAGAAAAACCCCAUUUUUCCCAUGCUUAUAACUUUUUAUAGGAUUGUUCAAUUUUUAUGAGCAAUAGCUCAUUUUAUUCCUUAGUAGUUACCAUUUUGUUUAAAAAAAAGAUCAUUAAAAAUGAUCAAUCCUACGUCGGGUUAUGACCCUUCAAAGUCAAACUUGCCUUUUCACGCUUCAAUCUGAAAAUUUCCGAAAAAUCUCGAAAAUCGCUUAUAACUUUCGACUGGUCGAUAAUUGUAAAUUGUAAGUGGGCUUCAGAAGUCAUAGAAUUUUGCGUAGAAUACUAUGGAAUCAAAAAAAAUCCGAAAAUCCGAAAAAAUCCGUAAAUUGCUGAACCACCCUGUAUAACCAUCCCAAAUUUCAGCAUUAAUCGGUGCGCUCGGCUGGUGGGGCCAGGACAUGGACCCAGUCACCAUGACCAACGUCCUGAUGGCGAUCGGUUUCUCAGUCGAUUUCUCGGCCCACAUUUGCUAUCACUACUUCAAACAGGAGCGCAGUGAUGCUCGUCUUGGCCUGAAGACCGACCAGAAAGACCUAAUUUACCGGUUAACGGCCGUGUUUGCGCAUGUCGGCCGCCCGACUUUCGAGGCCGCCAGCAGCACCAUGAUCUGUAUGUUGCCUCUGUUUACGGUGCAAAUGUACGUGAUUGGGUCGUUCGCGAAGACGGUGAUGUGUGUGGGCAUCUUGGGACUGUUGCACGGACUGUUUUUGGUGCCUUCUUUGCUGACGUUGCACUUCCAUUGCUUCGGCGAGAAGAAAAAACUGAAAGAAACUAGAUCCACGGACUCGGAUCGGCCUCUCAUCAUCACACAGCCAUUGAUUUGA